GAGAGGCUGAAAAGGAAAGGAAAGAAGAGAGAGCCUCCACUGCUCCUUCUCUCCCCUUGCAUCGUCUCCUUCUCCUUCCCGGAAAUUUUUUUUGGAGAAUUUUUGGCAUUACACAAACCCUAACCCUAAUCUCUCCGUCGCAGAGAUUCUCCUCCUUUCCUCGAUUUGUCACCAUCUGUUUUUUUUGUGGGUUUUUGUUUGGUUUUUUUGGUCGGGGCCAUCGAUAUUCGUUAUUAGAUACUGUGUCGAUCAAAGCUCAUCGACUCGCGAGCAAACCCUAAUUUUUGUCCGAUGAUGGCAUCUGAUGCUCUUGCUAGUGCCAAUAACGCCACAUCUUCUUCUGCUUCGUCUCCUCGCUACAUGGGCGAGAAUCACGGUAGCCCUACGGCCGCCGCCGGAUCUCAAUCGCGCCGCCCGGGUCGGCAGGUCUCAUCGUCUCCAUGGACCCAAAUCGUGCGCGGUGAAUCGGAGCCGAUCGCCGCCGCUCCUUCCUCUGAGUUGCCGAUCGCCGCCGCUCCUUCCUCGCCUCAAUCCAGGGCGGCGAUCCAGCCGAUUGCUUCCGUUUCUGCCGCUCCCUCCUCUCCUCUCAUGACAGCGGCGGCGUCGGUGGAGGACGAUGAGAAAUCGGAGAGCUCUGGUGGAGUUCAGGGCAAUGCGGGAAAGAAGCCGGUUUGGAACAGGCCGUCCAAUGGAGCCUCUGAGAUCGGGCCCGUCAUGGGGGCAUCGUCGUGGCCUGCUCUUUCUGAGACCACGAAAACUCCUUCGAACAAGUCUUCUUCUGAUUCGUUGAAAAGUUUGUCGGAUGGAUCGGCGUCGUCAUCUUCCGUUCCCUUUUCUCAGGGAACUGGAAAUGAAUCUGUUCCUGUGCAAAAACAAGGCAACGACACACAGCCUAAUCCAACUCCACACCACUCUCGCCAUCGAUCUUUUAAACGAAAUGGCACCUUCCCAUCUGCUAAUGGCACUGUUGCUCAGCCACAGGUGCCGGGUUCAUUUGCUGACUUGCCUUUGCACAACCCUUCGCCUAGAGGCCAUAACCAGAGGAAUGGGUUUGGAUCACAAUCCCAGGGCGGUAAUGACAACCAAUCGCAACGGAACUCAUACAGGAACCAAAAUGGCAAUCAUCAUCAAAAUCACGGGGGCAGGCGCAAUCAGGAACAUGGGAAUCAUAAUUGGAACAGAAACUUUAAUGGGAGAGAUGGCCAUGCACCACCACAGAGGGGCAAUCCAGGGUUUGUAAGACAUGCUCCAGCACCUGUGCAGCAGCCAAUUCCUGCGCCAUUUAUGGCAGCCCAGACUAUUCAACCUUUUGGUAGUCCUGUGGCCUUCCCUGAACUGGCAUUGCCUAUUUAUUAUCCCCGCAUGCCCUUCAUUGCUGCACCUGUUCCAUCUCCUGUCUUCUACCAAGUUCAAGACCCUCCUUUAUAUACCAGAAUACAGAAUCAAAUACACUUUUAUUUUAGUGAAGAGAAUUUAAUUAAAGACACAUACCUGCGCCAGUUCAUGGAUGAUCAGGGUUUUGUUCCGAUCCAAUUGGUUGCAGGUUUCAGAAAGGUUGCUGAGCUGACUGAUAAUGUCCAGCAUAUUUUGGACGCUCUACAAGGUUCACCUGUUGUUGAAGUGCAGGGUGGUGACAAAAUAAGGAAGCGCCAUAAUUGGCAAAAAUUUUUGCUGCCUGCUACUAUGCGUUUCCCUGGUGUUUCAAGUCCCCAGUCCGGGGAAAGGGCGAAUACGCUGGCAGCACAAGUCCGAGGCCUUUCUCUCGAGCAGAACUCAACAGAGCACAUUGGUUCAUCCAGUCAUCAUGUGGAAACAAGCAAAACCCUCUCAGACUAUUCAAACGUCCAGCAACAUCUGUUGGGUGGCAAUCCAGCAGAAAACUGCAGUGACACAGCUGUCUCUUCUCCACCAUCAAAGUUGAACUAAAGAUGUGCUUCUGCUGCACAUUUUCAUCUUUGAGAAGAAAAACUCUUGGGGAGAAGGAGAGAUGACAUCCAGAGAAGCAAACAAUGAACAUCUUGUUGGAGCAUUUGGUGUCUGACAUGGUACGUGAAUGUAUUGUUUUGUCUUGUGCAAUACAGGAAACCAAUAGCACAAGGGAACCCAGAAAAAAAAAACCAAAAAAAAAAAGUUCAAGAAACACUAGAAAACCCCAAAAAGACAGGAAAAAAAAGGAAAAACAGAAGGAAAAAAAAAAGAUCAAACCUUUUUUUUUAUCAUUCUAGCUAUAGAGAAACUGGACAUAUAUAUGGUUUUUUCUUCUUCUUUUGGGAUGUUGAGACUUUUUACCGUUAUUUUUUUCACUUUUGUUACACACUGGGUCAGUGGCCAUAGUUGUGUUUGUGGCCAUGGUGACGUGUCUGGUUUCAUGGAGAUUUACCAGUUUGCAUUACCCUCCUCUUCUCUUCUCUCCCCCUCCGGCCGAGUUUUUCUUUUUAGUGGUUCAUUUGCCAGAGGGAGGGGAUCAGAAGAAGAGGGUGUAAGCCGGAAAUAGAUUUUGACAUUGGCGAGCUUGCUCGCUCGCUUCUUAGGGAGGACGGCUGCGAUAUUCGGCCUAUAGGUCGAUACCCGUCAUUCGGAUUAUUAUGUUUGUUGCUGUCUUGGAGUCAUAAUAUGGUUUUGUGUCCGGAGACUUGUGAUUUUGUUCCCUUCAGAUCCAUUCCCUCUCUGUUGGAGUCUUUAUGGCAUAAAAGGGAUGGUCAUUGUGGAAACACUCUGGUGUUCAUGGAAUGUUCUGCUUCCAACUCUUCUCUUUUAAAGAUGCAACCUUUAUGUACA